UCUCGAGGAGGAGCCUGGUCUGAACACAGGGGUGAUGUGCAGCACGCAGGAGCCGAGCACAAACUCCUCUUGCUGUCAGUCAGUUCACCGGACGCGUUCAAGCGCGUCUCCGCGCACCCUCCGCACGCGCUCGGACUUCAUCGGUUUGUUCAAAGCGCUUAAAACGGACCAUGAGGCAUGGAAGCGCGCCGCCUUGAAAGUUUGACUCGCCGUCCGAGCUCGCUCGCGUUCAGAUGAGGACGCUUGAUGGAUAAUGGACGCGUUUGAAGAGGAGCGGCAUCGAGGACUGUGUUUGUGAGCGCUUGUUUCACGGUGAGCGCGUCUGCGUGUGAUGCGCGGGUCGAGCAGGAUCUCAUCCAUGCCCCUCGUCAGCCUUGGUGUUGACCUUCCAGAUUUCGAACAGUGAGGCACAAGCACUUUAUUUCUGAGCCACAUCAGCCCUCAGCACCUCGUUGGACUCAUGGGUACCGUACUGUCCCUCUCCCCGGGCCCCCGGAAACCCGGUUAUUACGACGACCGGCCUGGUUCUCUAAGCCAUUACCCGAGCCUGAGCAGCCGCUCGCUGAACACCCAAAAGGACCGCAGCCUCAAACGCGGCCACUCCAUCUUCCUCCCCGCUCUGACCUGGAAGCGCCUGGUGGCCUCCACCAAGAAGCGGGGCGAGUCCAAAAAAGCCUAUCCUGGAGGUCAAGGAGCCGUCGGGGCUCCCCUCAACAACAAUAACAUCUACCAGAAGGAUCCGGUGUUGCACCUCAACCAUGAAAAUGUGAAGAAGUCGCUCUCCUGCGCCAACCUCACCAGCUACGAUGGUCCAGCGGGCCUGGGCCUGGGCGUAGGGCUGGGAUACAGCAAACCGCAGCAGAUUUCGUCGGUGAAGAAGAUCGCACCUACAUGCACCUCCUCGCCCAAGCGCGUGAUCGUCCAGGCCUCGACCAGCGAGCUGCUCCGCUGCCUGGGAGACUUUCUGUGUGGCCGCUGCUAUCGGCUCAAGCACCUUUCCCCGGUCGAUCCGGUCUUGUGGCUCCGCGCUGUGGACCGCUCACUCUUGCUCCAGGGCUGGCAGGACCAGGCCUUCGUGACUCCAGCCAACGUGGUGUUCGUGUACAUGCUGUGCCGCGACGUGGUGGACGGCGACGUGGUGUCUUCGGAGCACGAGCUCCAGGCGAUUCUCCUGACCUGCCUGUACCUGUCGUACUCCUACAUGGGCAACGAGAUCUCGUACCCGCUCAAGCCCUUCCUGGUGGAGGCGGCUAAAGAGGCAUUCUGGGAUCGCUGUCUGGCCAUUAUCGACAUCACCAGUGCCAAGAUGCUGCGCAUCAAUGCAGACCCGCAUUUCUUCACGCAGGUCUUCGCCGAUCUGAAGAGCGAAGGAGGCUGUGCUUUGCAGGACUACGCUAGAGUUGUGGAUCGGUGAAACGAGGACCAGGCGGAUUGUCUCUGCUCAUGGGACACCGUCAACAUCUCACAUAUUCAUUCCAUCAUUCUGGCCCUCCGUAUGCCUUGUCACUUAACAUUAUGAGUCUCGUUUCCACUGGCCAUUCUUCAAGAGAGACAAGAAAGAUUCCUGCUGAAAAGACCUAAAAGCAAAGGUGCUUAAAAGGUUCUUCACAGCGAGGAGCCAUUUUUGGUACCAUUCACUCAAAGGUUCUUUAAAGAACCACCUUUUUAUAAUCUGAAGAACCUUCUUUUGCCACAAAGAGCCUUUUGUGAAACAGUUUAAAGGUUUUUUAUGGAACCUUUUAGACAAAAAAGGUUCUUCUCUGGCAUCGUGAAGCACCUUUAUUUUUAAGAGACCUGUGAGAAUAUCCAGGUGUGUGUUGGUUUGCUGCUGGUCUAACUGUUGAGCCAUCUUUUUGGUGGUUAUGUUAGUUAAGAAUCAUGCUAAUCGGCAUCUUUGGUUAUGUUAGUUAAGAAUCAUGCUAAUCGGCAUCUAGUAUACCGAGCUUCCAAAUACAGAAUCAGCAUAAAAAUAACAUCUUUAUUGGCGUUAAUAGUUCCUUGAAGAACCUUUAACAUCUAUGGAAUCUUUCCAUUCCCCAAAAGGUUCUUUAUUCUAAAAUAAGGUUUAUUGGGUUUUUAAAAAGUUCUAUAGAAAAAUGUUUCUGUAAAGAAUACUGAAAGGUUCUUUGAGCAACCAAAAAUGCUUCUAUGUAUUCAGUCCUGCUGCUGGAGGGCAGAGUUUACCUCCAGGAUACUUGCAUGAACAUUUUUUUUUUAGUUAGUCUGAAGACCUUGAGGUGUGUUUCAGGUUGGAGAUAAAUUAGGCCUAAACUAAAUAAACCCCUCAAGAAAUAGAUUUGAACCUUUCGCUGGAACCUUUUUAAAAGUCUAUUGAGGCUAAUUAAGGUUCUUCGGAUUUUAAAAAUGUUCUUCAUACUAAGUUUUUUUUUAACCUGUUUAUUCAAAGGUUCUUUGUUGAACCCUUGGAUGAACCCUUGAUUCUUCAAUAGCGUCACUACAAAACCCCUCUGUAGCUAGAAGCUGUAUUUUUCAUUUUUUCCAAGCGGGCAUUCCCAACUUCUUUCUUUCUCAUUCAACCCCCCCAUCUUAAAGAUGAAAUGUAGUCAUAAUUUAGAGAUGAACAUUAAAAGGAAGGGAGAAGUUGUCCAUCUGCAACAAGUUUAGUAGUUACCCUGUUGCCAACCCACUGUUUUUCAAAAGCAGUUACGAUUCCUUUACUAAACAUUUCAGUUCCUCUGCCUUUUCGACAUCUUGUCUGAGAGAAACUGCAACAGAAACCACCGAACGAAGAGCAUUUUAGCGGGAGUGUGUGUGUGUGUGAUGGCCAGCAAACAGUGAGCAUCAACAGCUGUUGGUUAUCGUGUUGUCCUUCCUUUAUUUCAUGUGCUGGACGUUGGGUCACCAGCUGCAAUGGCAUUAACAAGAUUAACAGAUUAGUGUCUCACACACACACACACACACACACACACACACACACACACACACAGUUCUCAAUGCUUCUGCUAGCUAUCAAUCUCUAUAGGUUGAAUUGCUGAUACAAGUAUACACUUGUAUGUGUUUUGUCCUGCAUAUCUUGUUGUCUGUAUAGCAUUAGAAUGUCAUUGAAAAUAUAUGUUAAAUUUUAGUCUAAUAAGAAUGCAUCCUUUCCCUAUAGAAUGCUUAGGAAAUGAACAAAGAGGCCCGAUUCUCUCAAUGCUCUCAGAUCACAUAUUAUUCACAAAUGUCACAUUAAUGUCCACUAAGCUCAAUCAAAAUGUUCCUUUCCUAAAACACACACCUUUUAUUGUGCCCUAUUCAUCAGCUCACAUUGCUCACAAAAGUGUAUAAAUCCUCCCUGCCUCUUGCAAAAACGAUAAAGCGAGUAAUGGAUAAAACACGCAUACUGACAGUCACGGAUGCACAUGCAGAUACAGCAGAUGCCCUCUUCUGUGGGUCAGGGUUUCAGGUGUCAGCGCUCAGACAGAAGAGCAGGGACAGCAGCAUGUGGCACGGCAAGCACUCGUUAAUCUUAUUGUGGCGUUUUAAGGCAGGGCCAUGGGCGCCAUACUCCAGCUCCCCCGCAAAAGGCGACUACUGAACGCAUACUUCAGCCCACACACGCUCUCGUAUACGAGCACACAUGCUCGCUUGAACAAUCUGCAACCACUACACAUACAUUCUCAGGCUAGUAAUCGCGAACGCACCGACGCGCACGUGCAUAUGCACGCACCUUCUGAACAUGCUGAAGCCAUAAUCCGCUUUUGAUCCUUGCCAGCAAUUUGGUAGAGCGAGCUGAAAAUGCCACAAUAACAAAAUGCCAUUCAGAUCAGAAGAGAUUUCUCUUGCUGAAACUAGCAGAAAAGGCACAUCUUGUGUUUUGAAUGUGCGCUAGGCAGAUGUUAUGUAACAAAGACCGGAGAACAGUGAACUGUGAGCUUUAAACAAGUACUUGCCUAAUCGUUUUUUAUAAAGGGAAAAACAAGAUUUCAUGUGCAUGUGCCCUUGUGAAAAAGAAGUGUGUUUAAUUGCAUUGAAUGUGCAUAAAAAUGCCACUUAUGUGUACUUAAAAAGACAGCACUUCAUGACUGUUUCCUAAUACACUCAAGUACUUGUUUAAAAGUGUAAUAAUGUCAAAUUAGUUUGACUGUGAAGUAAAAUUUUGUUGUUUUUGUAGUACACUUUUUUUGAUGUUUAACCAGGAUACUAAAACACAUAAAAAGUACUUGAUUAUCAAUUCAACUGUAGUCUUUUAUGUAAUAUUAAUACUAAAUUGCAACUUCAUCAUUACAAAUGUGUAAAUUACAAGUAUAUUAAAUGCAAUUUUUAUAACUAGGUAUAAUUUGUAUUAUUGUUGGUGUAAAUGUACUGAGAAGCAUUUAUGAAGCACAUUUACAUUUAUAUUAUUUACAACUAUACAGUUAAAUGAAGUAUGGUAAAGUGUACAUCUUUUCACAAGGGUAUAGACGCCAUGAAAUCCCAUUUUAAAAGUAUUUUUGUUCAUGUUUUUUGGCUUUGAAGCAUAUUUUUGCUAAUGUUCCCAAUAAACUGACAAACUAUCUUUUUAUCAGAUACACAACUUCACAGAAAACCUUCUAAGAAAGCAAAAAUAAAUAUCGAUGGAAAUAAAUAUGCUCGCUGCAAUCAGAAAGUCCCACGCUAUAGCAAUAGAAAGUUAUAAUUUAGCCAAAUGCCAUCACCAUUUAAAAAAACAAUAACAACAAGCCCUUUGAUCGGUCCUACUUCCCUUUUCAACAAGAUAUGCCAGUACAAACAAUAAAAUUGCAAUUUAGCAUAUUUGAGUGGUGGGAUAGUACAGAAAGAGAGCGCGAUUUGAAAUGUGAUCACAACGAACACGCUAAUCCUGUGUUGUUCUCGGUUCGUAACGGGUUUAAUUUCUGACCCAAGCACGGUCUGAUUUGUACUCCGAACAGCAGGGAAGGCCGUUGUGUAAAGGAAGUACCUACAAAGAGAGUCGGUGUGCCGUUUCAGCCUCCAGUCGUUUCCAUUUCAGCCUCAGGGGAGGAUGUUAUUUACAGGAACUCGUGGUCACAGACAAGCGAUUGGCAUACUAUGGGGUGUAAAUAUCCCUCCUGAUCCGAUGUGAUUCCCCCAUCCCUCUCGCCUUUCACAAACACAUCACUUGUUUUCCUCGCCUCGGUUAAAGUGAUUUAGUUUGCCCUUAUUGUGUACAGAGAGCGCUGACAGAGCGCCGUUGUUGCAGCUAGCGUGCGCGGCCUCGGCAAUGGGCUUGUGCGACGUGAACUAGAACCGCUUCUCCAUUGUAUCUCAUCCAUGUGCGCCGGAGCUCUGGGGCUUCUCGGGAAUGUUUGCUGCCUUCGAGACGAAUGAGAAUUCCUAUUUAUGAGUUUGUAUGAGUCGUUCAAGCGAAGUUGACUCAUUGGCCAAUUUUCUUGUUUCUCACUUGCCCACAACGUAAAGCAAGCGUGGAACUCGCUAGGGUUUAUAUUCAAAACGUCGUAGCUCAUCUCAUAAAUAUGUUUUGAAGGCAGCAAGUAUUCUGGUUUCCACACUUGCUCUAAACAAAAUGGUGAUGUAUAUUUCAGAUGUGAAACGUUUGUGCCUUGAUAUGGAUAUAAACUCCCUAAAUGUCACCGAUAUCGCUUUGGUAAAGAAGAUACGCACCUGAAGACAGCAACCCAAUGAAAGCCAGGAUUGAUUACAAAGACUUUGAUAAACUCAGGCUAGAAUAAUCAUAACUCAUGAGCCAUUUUCCACUCCCAUCGAUGAUACCGUUUUGAUCGUUGCUUUUGUUGCCAGUCAAUCAGUUGGGCCUGAAACCUCGUGCAAACACCUCUGAAGGAUGCGCUCGCACGCGAACACCUCUUUGUCGCUUCACCGACUGCUGUACGUGGAGAUUUUUAAUGUGACGAAACAAGCACACAGAGACCUCGAAACCCCUAUGGAUUUUCCAAGGAAGAAAACUUUCCUUAAAAACUGUCCUUAAACAGACAUGUGACCGGCAUGUGAUUUUCAAGACUAAAUUAAGACACUACAACAUGUAGAUGGACGCUCAGGAUCUGGAUGUUAAGUAGACUCCAUCGUACAUCGCAAGUUGCCGUUACUCUAUGAGUUACGGCUGCUAAGAUUUAUCAAUGUUUUCAAUGCUGCUAAAUGUACGUAGAAUACAAAAAGGAACGACGUGUAGAGACUGGAUUCAGAAACGCAUCCAGUGUGGUGUAAAUACGUUGCUUGUAUCAGUGUGAAAUGACUGAAAAGAAAAAAAAAAUGCAUGUAUAUCAUUCAGGAAUUGCUACUGUGGUGGUGUACAUGUCAACUUGACACUUUUUUAAAUCGUGCUGUCGUUUUUUUUCCCAGUUUGUAUUUCUGUUUAAGGUUAAAAGGAAAUUCCAGAAUGUUUUGUUUUGUGUUUUUUUAUUGUAAUUACGAUUAUUAUUUGUACUGGAAAAGAUCCCACCGGCUCAGCCCAGCUUUGGGAAAUCUUAUGUCAGCAGUAUUAGAUUCUUAAUUUCAGACUUGUGGUUUUUGAUGUUGUUUCAGUGACAGCUUCUUCUGUGCACUUUGGCAAAUACACUGGGUACCUUUUGCUCUGGAGUUGAAGAAAAUCACGGUUUCGUAGUGUUAAUAUUAUCAUGCACCCUUUAAAGCUGCUGUGUGUGGUUUCUGCAUCGGUGAAAUGGCGAAUAUUUUCGAACUGGAUUUCCCAAACACCUCACCAUUGUUUGGCAUUUAGUUCAACCUAAGUUCAAAUAAACUGAAUUCGAGAAAGAAAGAAAACUAAUUCAGCACAAAUGUUCUUUUCUGCUAUCUAUCAGCUUUGUUUGGCGUCUUUAAACAGAUGAACGAUAUGCUGUGCCACAUAGGCCUUCAGAGAGUCAAGUCAAUCCGGAUUAUUUUGGACUGAGCUCAUUAAUUGGGCACAAAACCUCUCUGGACUGUGGUCGUGUAGCUCCUGAUCUCUCCUUCUUAAACCACCCUCAGCCUUGGUGUAGCUUCUGAAACCUCCCUUGCUCUUGUCGGCACAACACGGUUCAGGGAGUGUUGAGCUUUUCCCUCCGGAAGUAAAUAAUACACGUGCAUAUAUUGUAGCUCACAGAGUGAUGCUGUUGUUGUUUGGAAAACUUGAAACAUUUAAAUUUAAAAAAUAAAUGUGACUUUUGAUGGUGGAAUUUCCUUUUUUUUUUUUUAGUUUGAUUAUGAUUAUUUAAUAAAGUGUUUGA